AUGUUCUCUCAUAGCCAGUCCCAGACGCCGAUACCCGCGGGUAAUUACCACGAGAAGCUCGCUGAGACCGUCACUUGGGUUAAGGACUGGUACGUGCCGGUGCUCCUGUCCAAUAACGAAAACAACAUGGCGAACUCGAUGCGAUUAAUGGGGUGGUUUAAAACCAAUAUGAGUCACAAACAAGUGACCGACUUGACAAUUAACGACAACGACGUGCUUGACUUAAACCAAUUUCCGUACCAACAGUCGGAAACCGUCGCUGAAAAGGUUGAAGCCGUUGAAGACACGACGCUGGGGUUGGACAAGCUGGAGUUGCACAACGCGUUGUCGUUGGACAAGGACGAAGGCCAGAUCCUGGGAUUGGGCUAA